CUGCAGCCUGCUCCCUCCACACCCGAAGCUGGGGAUUCUGGCGAGUUGAAGAAGUGGUGAUCGUCGUUUGCAAGGGUCUCUUCUUGGUGUGUUUAUCUUUUUUCCAAUUUGAUUAUUCUCGUACUGGCUUGUCGACUCCUGUCCGUUCUCGCGCAGUGCAACCCCACGACUAGACUGCUCACCGCAAAGCCUCCGGCUCUGGUAUGGUAGCUGUUGUACACUCUGCAUAACGUCUUUCUAUUGUUAGUAUUGACAAACUGAAUAUAGCGUUGCGCAUAUUGCUUGACUGCCCGCCCAACCCGACCCUAAAACUGGUCGUUUCUACCUUCACUUAAGCUUUUACUGCCUCCGCCGGCGAUUUUGGGUUGGUCUCUCUCACUAGCUUUCCCUCGCACGCACACCUCGGCGACUCUCGUUCGCUCCUCCCCCAGCCUGAUACGAUGAGCUACUAUACACUAUGAAAGAUCCCAGUUUGAAUAUGGAUGGAAGUAAACCCUCAAGUCAAGAGACGGUUUACGCCAAUGGUGAAUCCCGCAAGAAUCAAGGCAAAUCAGCCCGUGUGGCUUUUGGGCCGGAGUUGGAAAGACACAUCCCACCUCGUGACAAAUCCCCUAUUCCGUCGCUUCCACAUCAGCGAUCAUUCUCCACAGUCGAGAAGAACCAAUCCCUGGCAGCCAGACCCACCAGCUCUUCCACGGAAGAGGGAACAGUUAUUUCGAAAACUACUUCCCGAUUGCCUUCCGACUAUCUGUCAGAUGUCGAACGACCGAAACCAACUCUGAAAAGGGCGAAAAGUGACUCGGGUCACAGGCUGGGGACCAAUAAGGCAAUCAGCGACGAUGAUGAGGAUUUCGCCAUGAGGCAUGGAUGGCAAGAAGAAUAUACCUCCACCGAGUAUCUUAAGAUACUACAUUCGAAUUUCUACAUGUACUUCACAGAGAAGCGCCACGAGACAGAUGGCAUUCCAAGAGAUCCUAUUGGAAGCUGGCCCAGCCAGGACUGGCGCAUGAAAGAUCGCUUGAAAACGGUAUCUGCUGCUCUGGCUAUUUGCCUGAACAUUGGUGUCGACCCCCCUGAUGUGGUGAAGACGAAUCCCUCAGCGAAGUUAGAAUGCUGGGUUGAUCCCACGUCGACGACCGGUGGCGGUCAGAACAAGAUAAUGGAGCAGAUAGGAAAGAAACUGCAAGAGCAGUAUGAGACACUCAGCCUAAGAACUAGAUAUAAGCAGUAUCUGGACCCGUCAGUCGACGAGACCAAGAAAUUUUGCAUAUCACUUCGUCGUAACGCCAAAGAUGAACGGGUGCUCUUCCAUUAUAAUGGCCAUGGUGUCCCACUGCCCACCCAGUCAGGCGAGAUCUGGGUUUUCAACAAAAACUAUACACAGUACAUUCCUGUGUCCUUAUAUGAUCUUCAGUCUUGGCUUGCCGGUCCUAGUCUCUUUGUCUUCGAUGUCUCACAUGCUGGAAAUAUCAUUCAGAAUUUUCACACCUUUGUUGAAAAACAUGAAAGGGAAAAUAUUGAGACAAAAAGACGAGACCCGAAUGCCAUCACGCAGAACUAUGGUGAUUGCAUGCUUCUCGCUGCCUGUCAGAAAGUCGAAUCUCUCCCAACCAACCCCGACCUGCCUGCGGAUCUGUUCACUUGCUGCCUGACUACACCCAUAGAAAUAGCACUGCGGUAUUUCAUCCUCCAGAAUCCUCUUUCGACGAACCUUUCCAUCGAUGAAUUCAGGGUCCCUGGCCGACUACAGGACCGGAGAAGCCCCCUCGGCGAGCUGAAUUGGAUUUUCACUGCAAUCACUGAUACGAUCGCAUGGAAUACUUUGCCCCGCGCUCUUUUUAAGAAGCUCUUCCGACAAGAUCUUAUGGUGGCUGCGUUGUUCAGAAAUUUUCUACUUAGUGAGCGGAUCAUGCGAACCUACAAAUGCCACCCUAUCUCCUUUCCGGAGCUGCCAGAAACUCACAACCAUGCACUUUGGAAGAGUUGGGAUCUGGCGGUUGAGAUGGUGCUGUUUCAACUUCCUGCUCUUAUUGAUCACGAGGAGGGGCGUAGGCAGUACGAAUACCAGCAUUCUACUUUCUUUGCUGAACAGCUUACGGCAUUUGAGGUUUAUCUGUCCUCCGGGCCGACCGAGAAGAACCCGCCAGAUCAGCUUCCAAUUGUCCUACAAGUCCUUUUGAGUCAGGCGCACAGGCUUCGAGCAUUAAUCCUCCUGAGCAAGUUCCUCGACUUGGGUCCUUGGGCUGUUCAUCUUGCCUUGAGCAUUGGCAUAUUCCCUUACGUUGUCAAGCUACUACAGUCAGCAGCUCAAGAAUUGAAACCGGUUAUGGUCUUCAUCUGGGCGAGAAUCAUGGCGGUAGAUCACACAGUCCAGAAUGAUCUCUUGAAAGAUAACGGAAUUCAUUACUUCAUAUCGAUUCUUAAUCCGUCCUCGCCAAUUCCUGUUGGAAACGCCAGUGAGCAUCGUGCAAUGUGUGCUUUCAUUGUUUCAAUUUUCUGCAAGAAUUAUCCUCAGGGACAGAAUGUCUGUCUUUCGACGGAGCUAUAUGAUUCUUGCUUGAAACACUCGACGGACGUUGAAAAUCCUCUGCUGCGACAGUGGUCGUGCCUCUGUUUGAGUAUGCUCUGGUCUGACUUCCCUGAAGCGAAAUGGAUGGGCAUUCGGUGUGCCGCACCCGCAAGGCUUUGUGAGCUCAAUUUUGACCCUGUGCCAGAGGUCCGGGCCGCCAUGUUACAUGCCUUGACUACAUUUCUGGGCAUUCCAGACCUCACAGAUCAAGUAGCCCAGAUUGAAGAGUUUUUGGCCAUGGCAGUUCUUCCUAUGGCCUCAGAUGGCAGUGUGCUCGUUAGGAAGGAGCUUCUCGUUUUCUUGUCUACCUUCGUAAAGCGCUAUCAAAACAAGUUUGUCGUGUCAGCCUACGAGGAGCUUCUGGAGGAAAAAGAAGCUCUCCUUCGCAAAACUCAGAGCCAGAAAUUGGAAGCGAUUCAUGUUGAAUCAAAGCAAAACGAUCUCGGGAAUAUAACUUCAAAGCCACAGCUAUUGUCUCACAACACGACCUUUGGCGCGAUCUGGAAACAGCUUCUCAUUCUAUCCGUCGAUCCACAUCCCGAUAUCUCACAGGAUGCAGGCAUGAUCGUUGAUUUCGUCCACUUUGCUCUAUUGCAAUCCCCCAUGGCGUCUCUAGCGGAAGGCGUCAGAAAUGAGAUUUCUGUACUCACAGGUCGUACUUUACAGAAAACACAGGCUCGAGAAACACCGGAAGCGAAGAAAGCCGUGCGCCCUCCAACUCCUCCCAGCCAAGCCCCUCCGAAGCAAGAGGGAUACAUCUCCUUGGGCAUCAAACGAACAGCUAGUGUUGCUGCGUCACUAAAGAAUUUCGCUUUUGGCAGCUCUUCUGCCGAGCCGCUACCCCCAGCAGUUUCGAAGACAAAUGCUUCACCGCCGAUAAGUAGGAUGCCCAUUACACCCCGAGGUCGAGCUCCGCCAGAAUGGACCCGGCCGCCAGAGGUCAAUGACCAACUGGCACCCGCUACGGCGUAUCACCAAGCCCCAACCCCUAUAUCCCGCGGAUUUGUGCUGAGGGACACGUCUAUUUUACCCAAAUUACCCCUGAAGAGCAGAUUCCUAGAUUGGGCUACUGAGGUAAUCCCCAACGUUCUUCACAGCGUAACCCAAGAGAACCCAGAAGAGAAUCAGAAAGUUCUUACAAGUAGCCAGUAUUUCCGGGAACCCCAAAUGAAGCCGAACGAACCAGAUGAACCUGGUAGCGCAAAUUACAACGAACGUCUAUGGAGACGCGGUCGUAACGAAAGGAUCAUCGCGGAGACGCAACCCCUUAAGGGAAGAGCAGGCAGCAAUCGAUGGGAUAAUUCGAUUGCACUUUUUACGAAUACCACCCGGCCAUCGAAGAUGUGCUUCCAUCAGUUUGAGGACCAUCUCGCGGUUGCCGACGACAGAGAUACUGUUUCGAUUUGGGACUGGCAGAGCCAUAAACGUCUCAGCCGCUUCUCUAAUGGAAACCCUCCAGGCUCAAAAAUAAAUGAAUUCCGUUAUAUAAAUGAGGAUGACCAGGCACUUCUGAUGACAGGCUCUUCUGACGGAGUUCUCAAAGUUUUCAGAAAUUAUGAAUCCGAGAAGAAUGUCGAAAUUGUUACGGCAUUCAGGGCAUUGCCGGAACUUAUUCCUAGCAAUAGAAACGCAGGCCUUGUUUUUGACUGGCAACAAGGCCAGGGCAAGGCUUUGGUCGCAGGUGAUGUAAAGGUCAUUCGGGUGUGGAAUGCUGCGACUGAAGUCUGCACUAAUGAUAUUCCUGCACGCUCGGGUUCUUGCAUCACUUCCUUGACAUCCGAUCAGGUUGCUGGGAAUGUCUUCGUAGCUGGAUUCGGAGAUGGCGCAGUUCGUGUCUUCGAUCAACGCCUGAAACCCACAACAGCCAUGGUCAAGGUCUGGCGUGAGCAUAAACAGUGGAUCACCAAUGUGCACAUGCAACGUGGUGGCCUGAGGGAGUUGAUCUCUGGCAGCAGAAAUGGCGAGGUAAAGCUUUGGGAUCUCAGGAUGGAUAGUCCUAUCUCGACUAUUUAUGCGACCAGGGAUACUCUGCGCACCUUAAGUGUCCAUGAACAUGCUCCAGUUUUUGUUGUUGGUACGAACCGCCAUGAAGUCAAAACUUUCAACGUCGACGGCACUUACCUCUCUACCUUCGAGCCGUAUUCGAGCUUCCUCCAUCACACCCGAUCUGCUCCUAUUUCGUGUACGGCUUUCCACCCCCACCGUACAUUGCUUGCAUGUGCUGCUCUUAAUGAUAACCACAUCAAUCUCGUUGCUUGCUGAAUCGAUACGAUAUAUCUUUUGUUGGGGGUUCCUUUUCAGGGCAUUACACUUGCCCUUUUUGAUGAUUCAUCUGUUUUUAUUAAUUCUGUAUGCAACCACCUUAGCAGUAGUAAGUAUGGCGCCUUGGGUCAUGAUGUUUGCAAUUUCUCUUUCGGGGAUGUUCUUUUUCUUCCUCAUUACUUUUCGAUCUUACUUGUUACUAUCUUAUUGACAAGGUCUUCAUAUUUAAUCCACGAAGCAAUGAUUUUUGGUGUGGGUUGGUGGUGUUGCCGAAGUUCUAUUGCACAAGGUCUUGUUUUUCUUUCCCCUUUUGUUUUCUUAUUACCUCUUUUCCUCCUUCUGUAUAUUUUCCCUACUUCUACUUUGUAAUCCUUUCUCCCCGUCCUGCACUUCGUUGCCUCACAACUAGAAUGUGAGUGAAUAUGGCCCUUAUACAGUAUCAAUUUUCACACGUGUCUGUGCAGAGUACAGUCGGAUAGAGUUAAUGAUGUUCUGUACAUUGAUCAAUCAGUCAGUCAGUCAGUAUUUAUUAUUCUUGAAGGUAGGUAGGAUAGAUACUUACAAUGCAAUACAAUUAG